AUGCUUAGAUCCGCAUUUUCUAGAGCAAGAGUACCCUCCUACGUUCGUUUAUUCCACCAAUCUAAUUUCAAAUAUGCUGCAUCAGUAUUUAAGAUGCCGGCCAUGUCACCUACUAUGACUGAAGGAGGAAUUGUGUCAUGGAAAGUGAAACCAGGUGAUACCUAUAAUGCCGGGGAUGUAUUGUUGGAAGUUGAAACUGAUAAAGCAAACAUUGAUGUUGAAGCAGCCGAUGAUGGAAAAUUGUGGGAAAUUUUGGAAAGUGAUGGAGCUACUGGAGUACCAGUAGGAAAACCAAUUGCAUAUAUCGCAGAUGUUGAUGAUGAUUUGAGCACUUUGGAGAAACCAAAGGUUGAGGAGAAAGAAGAGGGGCAACCUAAGAAGAAGUCAGAAGAGAAAGAAGCAAAACCACAAGAGAAGAAGCAAGAGACAAAGGAGAAAUCAGCACCGAAACAUGAAGAUUCAAAACCAUCCAGUGAAUCUAAACCAUCAGAUUCUGGUGUACUUCAAAAAGCUAAUCCGUCACAAAAGUUUUCACCAGCUGUUGAAUUGCUUUUACAUGAAAAUAAUAUUUCUCAUGAAGAUGCAAUUGCCAAGAUUCAAGCAACUGGACCAAAUGGAAGAAUAUUGAAGGGGGACGUAUUGGCGUAUCUUGGAACUAUACCAAUUGAUGCAGUAGUUGACCUUGCCACGUAUCUUAAAUCAAGAGAACAUUUGGAUUUGUCUAAUAUAGUAGUGGCAAAAUCGAGUGCCAACAAGGAGUCGGAAAAAGAUUUAAGUAAAACCAAAUCAAAAGAGGAAACUACCGAAGUUAAACCAAAACCAACUAAUAUUCUCUCAAUCGAAUUUUCAGCUCCAUUAGAAGAACAUCUUGGCAAGAAUGAUUUCAAGCAAACAUUUGAAAGUGUACUUAGUUCGGCAAUUCAUGACACAUAUGCUCAUAAGUUCCCCCAAUAUGCCAAUUCACCAUCACCUUCCAUUUAUGAUCAAUAUGAUGUAUUUGAGGAAUUGGUUACUGCACCAGUUACCAGAAAGAGAUUUGAAGUAUAUGAUGUCAAAUAUAACUUUUAUGGAGAUUCUAUAACUAAACCAUUAACUAACAGGAGACUUCAGCCACCAAGAAAUGAUUUUGAUGAUUUAGUAGGUAUACCAAAUGAAACUACACCUGUUGUUGAAGUAGGUACACCAAGAGCAAGUGUUAAUUUUAAAGUUAAAUUUGAUGAAAAAUUGUCUGAUUCAAAACAAUUUAUCAAUUAUUUUGAAAAAGCGUUAUUGGAGGAAGCUGAAUUGUAUGAUAUCCCAGCUAAUUUGUUAAGAAUAUCAAAUUAA